UCGGGUAGAUAGUGGGGGGACGGGGGCAAACUUCAAUCUUUGAUGGCGAAGCCAACAACAAUAUACUUUUAUGGAAAAUUAACGCAAAAUUGGUGUGUGUAUAUCCUGACCCCUUUAUCAGUCCUUGAUCUUGGCUGCGUCGAUAACGGGGGCCUCAACUCAUCUCGGCUAGUUCUCUCGCACGGUCCGAAAUAUGUCGCAGUAAAAACCGAAAAAUUGUGAAAAGUUUUUUUUUUGUGAGGUAUUUACCAUGUCCUCCUACUUGGUGCAACAUAAGGCCCUGGAGAAGCCAGUGGGCAAAGAAUCAAUCCAUUCUGGACAGUUUAUGGUAUCCCAGUUCGAAGCAGAAGAGCAGGAUGAUGAGGAUAAUGUUGCAGUGCCUAUACCCGAAGUAAUCGAAGACAGCAAAGUUAUUGUGCCUGUCCAGGUUUAUAUAAGGGAAAAUGUGGAUUCUAGUAAUAAUAGGAAGACACAACAGCAAUUGUUUAUUGACCAGAGUCUUGCUAAAUUGUUUCAGUGCAUGUCAUUGGCAUACAGGCAAAAACUCACAUCACCAAAAUGGAAUCGAUUCAGAGGGAUCAGACUGAGAUGGAAGGACAAAAUUCGAUUGAACAACGUCAUUUGGCGGUGCUGGCAUUUACAAUUUAUCAAGAAGGAGCAGACGCUAAUUUGCCAGUUUGCCAGCCCCCUGGACGUGGACACCCAUAAUAAACCCGAAGCCAUAGUCUUAGAAGGUAAAUACUGGAAACGAAAGUUAGCAGCGGUCACAGCGGAAUACAAAAAAUGGCGGAUGUUUUAUCGGAACCACCUCUACGGGCACACCCCCAAGGAGGACAUAGACAUGCUCAACGACGUAGACGCCAUUUUGGGAGACUCGAAUUCCAUGGAUAACAUGAACAUGAUGAUCGACGAGGAUUAUAUGGGGUUAAUGAGCGACACGUUAUUUUCUACGAUCACAAACCAGCCCUUCGCAUUUCCUGAUACGAGGGAGCUGGCCAAGUCGGGGUUUGCGGACUACAUACAGCCAAGUUUAGGACCUCUACAGCCAAACUUGGAUGAUUAUAUGGAUACUUUUGAACAAGAAUUCUACGCCAACACGAAACUUGCCACGGUCCCAGAGGAGCAACCGACCAAUCCAAUCCCCGGGACUUGGGACUAUCAACAGACAAUCACCGCACCAGAUUUAACGGGACAAAUUAAAAUAUCCCCACUUUCCAACUAUCACCUUCAAAACAUCCCUGUCCAAGAACCCACGGCUCCCCCCUCGUACUCCAGCGUCAUCUUAGACUCUUACGUGCCUUACAUAAAACCGAAAAUCGCUCCGAAGACUGUCAGCAGGGGAAAAAUUCCCCAAAACUCGUACGACAAGUGCAUAGAUAUUUAUCAGCAAAACUAUGCCACGGUCGAACAAGUCGUUUUGAACGACCGGUUACAAACUGAACCGGAUAAAACAGCACCUGCGAUGUUAACCACGAAUGUCGGUUCUUACACGGUGCCGAUAACCAAAGGACUUAAAGUGGAGGACCAGAACAGCCAGAUGAGGCGAGCGAUUUCCGGUCCGGCUUAUAAAUAUCCGACCGCUGCACCGCAAACCGGAGCGACAAAUUUGAAAUUUAACAGUCAACAGUAUCAGCCGGGAUUUAGCCAAGUGAAGGAAACUAAGCAAGAAACGACGAGCAGAGGCAGACCGCCGUCAAUUAGGGCGUCUACUAGAGGACGAUCGCGGUCGAACACGAGAGAACCGAUGAAGAGGCCCAUAUUGGUUUCUGCUGCGAGCGAUACGGCCCUGAUUAGUCCGCAAACUAACGUACUUUUAACGCAACUGUUGACUACCAGUUCACCGUUGAGUGAGGCGGUUCACCAGGCAUAUGCUUCGAAUCAGUCAUCGAUGGGUUCCGCCCCGGAUUUGAGGCGAGUUAAGGAGGAAAACGUCGGUGCGACGGGGUUUCCCCCGCCGCCUCCACCUCCGCCCAUCGCGAUGUUGACCAUGUCGUCGCCUUCGCAUAUUACCGUCUCCACCAAUUCAGCGGAUUCGGCCUUCUUCAACAGCAACUCGAACAGUCCCUCCCUGGAUUCUCCCGUAUCCCAGAACCUCCACUCGCCCACGUCCUCCCAGGGCUCGGUCCCGGGGAGUCCCGGAAGGGGCGAGGGCGGCAGCAGGAGCGGAGGCGACCGACGCGUGGGCCACAUCCAUGCCGAACAAAAGCGACGUUGCAACAUCAAGAACGGUUUCGACAUGAUCCACUCGCUUAUACCUCAGCUUAGUCAGAAUCCCAAUACCAAAUUAAGCAAAGCGGCAAUGUUACAAAAAGGAGCGGAAUACAUCCGGACGCUGCGCCACGAACGCGCCCAAAUCAGAGAGGAAAUGGACUCGCUACGGCAACAAAUCGAAUCGCUCAACACGUCGAUAAGCGAUCGUUUUUCUGAUUACAGCAACUGCCAGUCGAUGUUGCCGGCGACCGGGGCGCCGGUGUCGCGUCGCCGCGACAGUCGGAUGCAAGAGAUGUUCGACGAGUACGUGCGUAGUCGAACGAUGGAAAAUUGGAAGUUUUGGAUUUUUAGCUUGAUUUGCCGACCUUUGUUAAAUUCGUUUAACAACUUCGUGUCGACCUCCAGUUUGGAUGAUCUCUAUACCUCGACAUUGUUGUGGAUCGAGCAACAUUGCACCCUAGUAGAUCUCAGACCUGUCGUCCUAAAUUCACUGCGGUACCUGUGCACAAAAACCGAGAUUCUUUCGGAACCCGAAAAGUUACCUGAAGAAGCCAAGAUGCUAGUUUUAAGUAGUGAUAAGAAAAAAUAGCGGCGGAUGUGCCGACAAAAAUCGUCAUUUGCUCAGUUAUUUCACCAGAGUACAACCGAUCAAUGCACUUUUUGCCAUUUUGUUGAUUUUAUUUUAUGUUAGGACAACGACCACGGUGGAUUUUUGUUCAGAAAUUGACUUAUUUUUACAAGAAAGAACCUUUAGAGUUUGUACAAGUGGGUUGUAAGAGUCUUCCAUCGUCUUUGUUUUCGUUAAUAAUUUAAAAGUGCAAUAAUAAUUUAUUUUUUAGAAACAAAAAGUUGCAUUUUUCUCAAAAUUUUCUCGAUUUCCCGUCGUGCCUUCGCCGUUUUAUAUUAUGAAAAAAAAGUAAAACAUUUACCUACUUAUACAUAGGUAAUUUUAGCUAUAACUUUUCUUAGGGUACUUAUAUUUUUAAGCAGCUGUGCAACUUGUUUUUAUGUAUAAUUUCUUUGUUUAUUAUCGUUUUUAAAUGUUUUAUUGUAAAGUUAUAUGGAAUAAAUUGUUUAUUAAGUACAAA